AUGCGAGCGCUAUGGGCUCGACAUACUCUGACAGUCGUCGGUUUACUGCUGUUCAUCAGGUCGUACCUCGUCUGGAGACCCCUGCUCCACAGCUUCGCCGAGCCGCCGGCACCCAAUGACAAGCAUUUCUCGCGAUUGUUCCUCGUUGUCGUCGACGCCUUGCGCAGCGAUCUCGCUUUCGGGUCCCUGGAUGGCUCGAUAGCACCUAUGUCUAACGUUGCAAGACUGAUAGAAAGUCGUAAGGCGCUCGCUUACACUGCCAAAGCGCAAUCGCCUACUGUGACCUUGCCUCGACUCAAAGCGAUCACGACAGGAACGCACCCCGCAUUUCUCGAUGCAAUAUCGAAUCUCAUCGAAGCAGGACCCCAUGCAGAGCCUGUUCGUGUACUCGAACAGCAAGACAGUUGGCUUUGGCAGCUCAGGCAUGGAAUCAAUGGGACGCGCUCCGCUCGCCGAAUGGCUCUCUACGGUGACGACACUUGGCUAAGACUCUUUCCUCCAGCAUGGUUUGAGAGCUCCGAUGGUGUAACAAGUUUCAUGGUCACAGACACGGUCACGGUCGACACUAACGUCACCCGACAUCUCGAACGCGUACUCGAAUCAGGGACUGAGCAUGAGGUCGACGUGCUCAUCUUGCAUUAUCUCGGCCUGGACCACAUUGGCCACCUGCAAGGACCUCGAUCCCCGCUCACGCUACCCAAGCAAGCUGAGAUGGACACCGUGUUGGCGCGUCUGUGGCGUCACUUGGAAGUGCGCGACGCUCGCGAUGAGCAGAAGAGUCUGCUCGUCCUCAUCGGUGAUCACGGCAUGACUGAACAAGGGAAUCAUGGUGGCUCUUCUGAAGCCGAGACCUCUGCUGCUUUACUGCUUGCUUCUCCAAGCUUCGAUGUGGAUUCCACAAUACACACCCAGAAAGGACAUCCGUCCAGACCCUACAGACUGUACCAACAAUGCAACCAGGUCGACUUGGUGCCAACAUUGAGUGCCUUACUUGGCCUCGGCAUGCCUGCCAAUUCACUUGGAGUCAUACUCAAGAGUGCUCUCGAUCAAGCGCGUUUCGACGCUGAACAUCACGACGAUAUUCUGGAACGUAAUCGGCGCCAGCUGAGUCAGCUGAUGCGAGAGACGUACGGAAUGGAAUCUGCCCUCUCAGACUCGUCGGCAAAUGCUCAUCAGGAUAUGCUAAGCAUGCAGAACUCAGCUUUCGGCUCUUUCGGCAGCGCGCACCUGCUUUCGCUCGUGCCCGGCCUACUCGUGCUCGGCAUCGCGGCAGGCAUCAACGUGCGCCCUUGUUGCCAGCGUCUAGCGACUAGCACGUCCUUCGGGGCUCUCAUCUCUGCAAUGACAGUCUUCUAUCUGGCGACGCUUUUUGCCAGCAGCUUUAUCGAGGAAGAGCACGAAUAUUGGGCGUUCACGGGCGUCACCAUCAGCCUGCUCUGUGCUGCGCAGGCCUUCUCUUCGAGCCCAUCGACAUCGCGCUCGUUGCUUACCGUCACGCUCGUGGUCCGGGUCUUGCGUGGAUGGUCGUCAAACGGCCAGAAGGACACGCGAGUAGACGACAGCUUUUCGCGGUGUCUCUCACAAACGUCCCAGCUGCUGCUCCUGCUCAUACUGGUUGCUUUGACCAUCACACUGAUCGCUUUGCAGCUUGUGCAACAUCCGCAACAGGGCCGCACUCGGGGUCUUGCAUGGCUCGCUGCGAUCACGCUUUCGCUUGUCAAUGCUGCACAGGUCUCGCCGUCGGCGGAUAGUUGGCUCGCUGAUCACCUGGCAAAUGCCAAUACGCUUUUCAGGUGCCAUGCAGGCAUCGCGGCCGCUGUCAUCCUCGUCGACGGCCGGUCUAAGAAGUCUCUGGCAGCCGUUGCGUCGAUACUGGUCUGCAUUACACGGCCAACGAAUAAGCCCUUGUUUCUGAUCCUCUACCUGGGGCAGAGCAUAUUGAGCAAGAUCGCCUUUCCGCCUGUCUGCACAGAAUGGGUCAUUUUGUGCGUAGCAAUGUCGUCCUUUUUCGCGCUUGGCGGCUCAAACUCGUCUUUGGCCAAUGUCGAUCUCUCUUCUGCUUAUCUUGGCCUGAACAGCUACAGCCCAAUGCUGGUAUCAGCGAUGACCUUUCUCAGUAAUUACUCUCUGCCGGUGUGGUGGACGCUGGCCACAUCAAGCCCGCCCCGUUCUUACGACCUGCCCACGGCAUUCUGGUCGCUGGCAACGCUUUCUCUUUGCCUGUCUGCGACAGUAUUUAGAGAGCACCUGUUCGUGUUCUCAGUCUUUUCGCCUUCGCUGAUCUUCUGCGCCGUGCGAAUUUGUCUGCUUCAUCCGCUAGUAUUACUAGUAGCAACGCUGCAAUCGCCUUGA